CGCCGUUGGAAGUUGAACGGGCUGCCGGCCUACCGCUGACAACAGACGAUUCAACCGUUCGCCAAAUCCAAACGCACCGAUCCAGACCAGCGCACCCGCACCGGCCCGCCGACGAAGACCAUGGCGACCAAGGACCCCGCGGCCACCGGCGGCGAGCCCGCCAUCGGCAUCCCCUACCACCCGGCGCCGGGGGCCCAGGGGCACUACUACUACGCGCCGCCGCCGAACCCCUACGCGGCGGGGAUGCCGCCGCCCAACGCGAUCUACGCCGGCGCGCCCAAGGGGGUGCCGCUCCAGCAGACCAUGUUCCGCGACACGCCCGCGCCCUUCCACUGCCAGGCCUGCGGUGAGGCCGCCGUCUCCUCCGUCCGGUCAAAGCCAAGCCUUGCAUCCGUCGUGGCUUGCAUGAUGCCCUUCAUGCUGGGGGUCUGCUUCCUAUGCCCUUCGAUGGACUGCCUCUGGCACAAGUACCAUUACUGCCCCAGCUGUGGGGAAAAGGUGGGUGAGUUCAGGAAGUCCGACCCGUGCCUCGUCGUCGAUGCGGCCCGGUGGUCCGAGCCGAGCUUCGCUGUGCCUGCGUAGCUCACAUAUAUUGCACCGUUUGAUAUCCAACCAUUGCCUUCAAAAUGAGAGUUUCCGUUGCAGUUGUGUAGUCUGUAUGUAUAUAUAAAGGAUGCUACUGGCUUCUUGUUGCAUGCUGUAUAUCCCGUAGCUGAACUGCCGUUGCGCUCUAGUCUCUUACUCUCCACGUUAGAAUUCAAACUUUUUUUUUCUUUUGGGUCAGAAUAAAUGUGCUGCUGUUAACAGUACGUAAUUGAACAUACAUGUGUAAAUGUGUAAUAGGAGUUCUUAUCAACAAGGGAAGAAAAGAGGUGUGUUAUAGAAUUGCAGGACCAUCACUGUAGUAA